CACCUGCGACCCCGGAAGCUUCAUCCGCACGCUCCGGCGUCUCAAAAGCCGGUGAAAAAGAGUAUGCCUGUUCAAGUGUCAUGGAAAAAAGAAACAUCUGCCAGCUCUGACAGAAUCUACGACAAGAAGUUGUAGAAAGUUUUGUAUGUGGGCUUUUUAAAAUAUUUUUAUAAGUUUUUGCUUGCCAUUGCAAUUUGAAGUCUUGCCACAGAUUUGGGACCCUCCAUCCAAUUGUAAUCGAGAAGAUCUGAAUGAUAAAGGCUGCCACAAGUACAUAACCCAGCUCGCCGUGAAGCCCAUUGAAGGUCUUGUGAUGCCUGUGAAGAAGAAAAGAAAGCUGCCUGAUCCAGAGGAUCAUCAGCUCAAGUGUAAAAUCACAAGCUUCACCCGACCUCCUAUUUGCACGUCAAAGCCUUUCAGCACAGACAAGCCCUUCUCUGGCAGAAAGUGCCUGGCUUGGUUCUACGAGUACGCGGGCCGAGACGAGGUGCUCGGCCCCGAAGCCAUGGAGAAGUUCUGUGAAGACCUUUGCGUGGCUCCUGAGAACAUCAUUAUGCUGGUGUUAGCCUGGCAUCUGGAAGCAGUCAACAUGGGCUUCUUUACCAAAGACGAGUGGCUCAGAGGAAUGACGUCCUUACAGUGUGACUGCACACAGAGGUUACAAAGCAAACUGGAUGACCUGCGUGGUGAGCUCAAUGACUCUGGCCUUUUUAAAAACAUCUACAGAUAUUCUUUUGACUUUGCCAGGGAUAAAGACCAGAGGAACCUGGACAUGGACACAGCUAAAUCCAUGCUGGCCUUGUUGCUAGGCAGAUCUUGGCCUCUCCUCCCAGUCUUCGUCCAGUUCCUAGAACAGUCCAAGUACAAGGGUGUGAACAAGGACCAGUGGUACAACGUGUUGGAGUUCAGCAGGACAAUCCGUACUGACCUGACCAACUACGACGAAGACGGAGCUUGGCCGGUGCUUAUAGACGAGUUUGUGGAAUGGCACAAAGCUUGCUCUGCAUUGUAGCAGACUGACACUACACCAAAGACCACGUCGACAACCACAUGAUCGUAAAUCAAGAGGAGGAGAAAAGACGACAUACUAAUGGACUGUGACAACACACACAUGCAUUGGACUUGUGGAAAGAACUGAAUUCUUAAAAUGAGAGAAGCCCUUAAACCUCCUUCUUGAUUUAUUUGUCCCUCAUUUGUUUAUAGAUGUUCACAAUAAUAAAAAGAGGAAAUUUGA